ACAGCAACGCCUGAAUCGGAACAGCGCUUAGUGUUAAAAUUUACGUGCAUUUUUUUUUUCAGACUCAUAAGUGAUCGAGUUUGUGCUUGCUGUCUACCAUGACAACAGUUUUUACUUUUCAUGUCAUGUGAGGGCACCAUGCAUGUUCACUUCCUUUCUUGGAAAUUUAUUUUAAAGCUCAUAUUAUUAUUAUUUUUCUGCUUUUUGCUGUUAUUUUUCUAGGAAUGCAUUAGAGAAAUAAAGUAAUUUACGCUACGUUUUGGACUUGUUUUUACAAACGAGCACAAUGUUACUGAUGGUUAUAGCGUUGUGCCUAUCCUGUGCAGAAGGAAUGAAGGUUGUGGAGUUGUCAGAUGACCCAAGAUCCCUAUCCCCUCUCGUUGUUCUUCCAAGUGUGAACUAUCAAAUCAUCAAUGCAGACUACCUCCUCCUCAGAGACACCAGUCAGGAUGUAAUGGACAACUCCAGCCUGCGUUCACAAAGGCAACCUUUCAUCCUCACUGGACUCAAUGGCCAGCCAGCCAUCAAUGUCAGCUAUGGUCCCAUGUCUUUGGAGCAGUCUAUACCACUGCAUAUGAUCCACACUGGCCCCAGGAUCCGACCGUUUAUAUUGACCCAUCAAGUAAGACCGUCUACACCUGCCCUAUAUGUGUUGUUUUAUGCAACCAGUAAUAGGGAUGAUAUGAGCGAGAUGCUGAUGCAAAACAUCCCAGGGCAGAACGAAGGAGGGUACCUCUGUGUUACGGCAUACGCAUUCUGGGAAUCCAGGGAGGUCAGGGACAGCUGCUCUAUCUCGGCAGAUGGUGGCUUCUGCUUGGUGCACCUGAAGCCUGAGCCAGCGUGGUUUAACACUGGAGGUAGCAGGUCGAGCUGGGAGCAGAGAGGUGAUCAAAGAGGAAAUGUUGUUGAACUUUACUACCAGAUCAGACCCAGUCCCAGUGGUCAGUGUGUCCUGCAAGAGAGCAAGAUAAGAAGGGGUACACAGCAUGGUGAACUGGGACGGCAGAUCUAUGGAACCUCUAUGAAGAGGAUUGGGACUGUAAACCUCCUGCGAUCACCUCCUGGAAACCCCACGUUUAUGCGGUUACGCCUCGGAGGAGCCGUCAUCAUCAAGACAUCCUCGAAACCACUGAAGACCACAGACACCGCAACUUUCUACGUGUUCCUAACAAGUACAUCGCCAGUUGAACAUUUCAUACUCAAAGCCACAUCAAGAAAAGGCAUGUCAUUCAGCACAGCCAGACCCAGCGACGCACACCUGUGGGACAUCACUCUGGAACCUGCAAGAGGAAGUGACACCCAAACCAUCUCUGUGACCUGCCAGAAGAAAAGCACCUUUACUAGCAAAAGGGUGGAUGCUCGUGGACAUCUGUUGGGUCUAGAAGUUAAAUCUACUCUCAAACCUAAUCAUCCUAGUGUGUUCGUCAUCACAGUGGCACACUUGUUGUUUGUUGUGCUUUUCCAGGAUACAGAGCUCCUCAACACGGCCGUGCUGACUGGUAAGAGGGUUUCUGUGCCUGUGAAAGUUUUGGGAGUUGAGGCUGAUGGAUCCAUCACAGACAUCACUAACUCAUCUCACUGCAGGUCUUCAGACCAGGAUGUUCUGAAGGUGUCUGAAAGGUGUGAUUCUGUGUAUGUUAAUGGCAAGGAGACAUGUGGAAGAGUGAGGAUGAUGGUGAACUUCACCUACAGCUACCUGAGCACACAGCUUGAGGUGAGCGUAUGGAUGCCUCGACUCCCCUUGCAUAUGGAGAUAUCUGAUCCAGAGCUCAGUCAGAUCAAAGCCUGGAGAGUUCCUGUCACAGGGAACAAAAGAGUGAGCUGGGACACAGAGGAAGAGGAUGAGAGGAAGGGCCGAGGCUGCAUGCUGCAGUAUCAGCACAGUUUGAUUCGAGUGCUUACGGUCUUCACCGCAGAAUCGCCAGAUCCAAGCAGCCCAUCUCCUGCAUACUUCCUUGGCUCUGAUUGGCAGGUAGAUGUGACGUGGCUGGUGCGCUACUUUCUGAGAGUUGGGGAUACGAGCGUCGCUCGCCUGCAGGCAGGAUCCGUGCUGACAGGCAAGGCUGUGGGAGUCACCACUGUGCAGGUGAUCUCUCCGUUGUCAGACUCUGUUCUGGCUGAGAGGAUGAUCCGGGUUCUGGAUGAUAAAGUCAGUAUUACAGAGCUGGGCGUGCAGCUGGUCUCUGGCCUUUCCCUGAACCUGCAGCUCAGCCCAGGAAGAAGCAGGGCCAUCGUUGCCAAGACAACUACACAGGAGAUCAUACACUACCCCAAGCAGGAGGCAGUGGUUGGCUGCUGGCUAAAGUUCAGUGAUGGCUCCCAGACUCCUCUUGAUCUGUUCGAUCCCAGUGGUUAUUCCCUCACCAUUUCUUCACUGAACCCAAGGGUAGCAUCUGUGCGGAAGAUCCCAGGGUCCGUCUUUGUUGUGGUUGCUGAAGCCGAGGGACAGGGCUUACUGCUCAGAGCGGAGCUAGCUAUCUGUGAGGCCUGUCAGAAAUCUAAACGCAAGAGCAAACUGGCUGUGGGUGGAGGCAUGGUGAAGGUGAAAUUCCCGCCGGAUGAACAGCUUGCAGGGACUGGCAAAAAAGAAAGUGAGGCCAAUGAUGGUGAGGAUGGAGACAAAUUGAUCCUUACAUCCCCUCUGAACACACUUCAACACACCGUUAUCCAAGAGAGCACCACAAAUGCGAUCAAAGCAGCAACCAAAUCCAACUUUCAAGAAGCAAUAGGAGAUGGCGUAUCCACAAUUAAGUCAAUAAACACUAUGGAUAAAACACUCAUUACCAAGCCCGUCGCAGACAGAGCACUUGUUACUGUAGGUCCCAGAAGUCCAAUAAAGAAUGGAUAUGGAAACUUGCUUGAGAACGCCAACUUCCCAUUUCCACCGGAAGAACCCAAGCGAGAACCACCCCUAGUGGAGAGCGAUCUGAUUCAGAUGUUUAGUGUGUUCACAGACAUAGAGGUCUGCAUCUAUGCAUUGGUAGGACUCUCUUGCUUGGCCGUUAUCGCCAUCUUGCUUCACUGUGCUACCAACAGUGCAAGAUCACGCAGCAAGAAGUCUCCGGUUCAGUGCCAGGGUCAGUCUGAGCACAAGCAUCACUGGGUACGUCUAGGCACAGUUGCAGAGCAAAACAGAGCUGUGCCGAUUGCAACUACCUCCAAGCAGGAGAUGCAGGCAGCUGUGAAGAUCCCGAGAGCCAUUCAGAUGCAGAAUAGCAGAGGCCCGGAGACAAUCCAGCCGAGGGAGAUCCCAGCCAUUGCAGGUGAGGAGAGAACUGCCACUCUGGGGCGAAGAACCAACACGCUUCCUCCAAGGCGGGAUCCGAUGGCUCCAUUGCCUCUGAUGGCUGUCAGAUCAGCCACCCUGCUGGCAAGGCCUGUUCGCAGUGAACCUCUACAUUCUCCCACAAGCAAAAGGAAUCAAGUACAGUUUACAACCUUCGCUACUCUGGACAUCAAACAUCUGGCUGCUCUCAAGAACGGCCAGAACUUCAGCUGGGCCAGCCAACCAGUUGGAGGUUGUCAAGCUGCCAGUAUUGGCCAGGGUGGGUUAAAUGGUAAAGUUGAAAGAGUCAAUCAUGUACAUUUUUGUAGCCCAGUGGAAGUAUUUGGUCAGACACCGGAAUCCAAAGAUUCCCAGGGGUUUCUUCCAGAAGGUCCAUGGCCUGUUGCUACGCCUACACCAGUGUCAAAAGUGUGAUGCAGGAAAUGGUUGUUUAUACAACAGCCCUAUUGGCCUCAUUCAUGAAAUAAGAGCAGGAAUUUCUGUGUAAAUUGUCCAUGAAUCCAUUCUUAUAUAAAUUGUUGCAUUGAACUGAAUUUGACAGUUUGUAUAGCAAUGUUUUUAUGAACAAUUUAACACAAAAAAUGUAUUUCUCAUUUAUGUGCAUGCCUGUCUGAAAAGUUUCUAUUAAUUUGAUGCAAAUAUUUCUGCAACCUUUUUCAAUAUUUACUUUUCCUGCUUUUGUAUAUUUGUAAUAUUAAAA